AUAGAGGGCUGACAUGUGAACGGGAGGGAGACAGACGGAUAAUGGAGAAAGAACAGAAGCUGGGAAAAUCGAAAAGGUGGGAAACGCGUGAGUUUAGUUUAAGUUGGGUAGAAAAAUCAUGAUUAUUGAUGCCUUGUGGCCUGCCUGCAAGCGCCAGGAAGGAAACGGACCAAUUUGUGUCAGAGAGACACGAAUCCGUCCAAUCCAGAGAGAAAAAGGAAAACUAGAACACAGAGAGACAGAGAGAGAGAGGCUUCAAUUGAAGUGAAUGAUUCAGUGCGCCCAACGGUGAUCAUCAUCACACCGGCCCGCCCGUUUCCCUAAUAAGCUGACCUCUCUUUCUUCUUCCACCGUUUAAUUAAAGAAUAGGAAAAAUAUUUACUGAAUUGGCAAUCUCAAAGCAUCGCAGAUCUCGAAGCAGCAAUUGAUUUUGUACAUGUGAGUGCUGUUGGCCAGAAUCAGAAGAAGAAGAAGAUUCCAGAAAACGAAAAACUUCUCCUCUACUUCCAGUAGCCUUCUUGGGCUCUUCGACGAUCCGAAGUCAUCCUCCCAUGGACGGCCGCGAUUCGAUAUCCCGAGUCUGAAGCUUCCAGAAUGCUUUGCUGUGUUGAUUUACGGAGAUGAGUGAAUCGGGAUGGCUUCCGAGUAGUAGUAGUAGUAGUAGUAGUAGGGUUUUGAAGAAAUGGGGUGUGGAGGGUCGAAGGUCGACGACUUGCCGCUGGUGGUCCGGUGCCGGGAGCGGAAGGAACUGAUCCGGGCCGCCGCUGACCAACGCUACGCCCUCGCCUACGCCCACUUAGCCUACUUUGCCUCCUUGCCAGCCGUCGGCGACGCCCUCCGCCGCUUCGUUGACGAGGAGCUCGUCGUUGCCGCCUCCUCCCCCUUCGCCUCCCCCGUUCUCACAUUGCCCUCUAACGAGGGCAAAAAGAAGAAAAACAAUAGAAAAACUGGCAACGCUCAAACUCGUAAUGAUCUUGCGAUUUCAUCUUCCUCGACCUCGCUUUCGCAUUCAGGGUCGGGCUCGCACAUUCACUUGUCGGAUCACGACGGCGAUGACGGCUCUCACUUGCAUUUACCGUCGGAUUCUGACUCUGAACUCGAUUCUUCCGGUCACAUUCAUCUACACGACAGUCCUGAUAAUGCUGAAAUCGAAAGGCCUUCCUAUUCUUCACCGCCUCCAAUUCAAACAGAUUGGGGGCCAUACGGAAUGAAUCAACCCGCAGAAGCAAAUUGGGGCCCCUAUGGCUAUGGAGUUCACCCGCCUCAUCAACCAGGUUGGGAUCCUGCCUACGGAAUGGAUUCGACUUCAUAUACAUAUUAUAUGCAGAGAUCUUCGCCACAGGUUCAAUCUGUAAUCUAUGAUCCAAGCAAAUCUGUUGCGGCAGCAGAGACUUCAUAUUCAUAUUCAAGUUACCAAUAUGAUAGUGGUAGUGGUGGGUUCUUUGGGUUCCCAAUGCGGUCGCCGGCGCCGCCUCAGAAUCAGCAACCAAGUUCGCCGGCCGGUCCCCCGCCGCCGCCCUCACCCAAGGUGUCUGCUUGGGAUUUCCUCAACCCGUUUGAUGGCUAUGACAGCGGUUACCCCGGUUACUAUUCUUAUGGAAGAUAUGGGUAUGGGUCCAUGGCUAGUAGUCCUGAUUCAAAUGAGGUGAGGGAGAGGGAGGGAAUCCCAGAUUUGGAGGAUGAAACCGAGAGUGAAGCUUACAGAGAGGUUCACAAAGGCAAGAAUAGUUCCAAGGUAGAGAUGAAGGGGAAGGGAAAUUCAGGGGAGGGCAGUUCAAAGUCAAAGACACUGCAAUCACAUGGUAUUGGCAGCAGUGAGGGCAGUCCAAUGACAGUGCCAUCACAUGGUAGCAGUGAGGGAUCAUCAAGAGGUAUUCCUUCAGAAAUCAGUGGAAAAACUUCAAGGGAAGAGCCAUCACAGAAUGGCGAGGCAACACAUUCAGUUGAGGUGAAAGUGGAAAAAAGCAGUCCUGAUAGUGGAGUGUCAAAGGGCACAGAAGAUGGGUCUCUGAGGAAGAAGGGGGUGACUUUUGAGGUGGAUGUAGGUUCAGGCCAUGAUGCUGAAUCCUCCAAGUUAAGUAGCUUGACCACAUUGUCUGCUGAUAUCACGCGAGAUCUUCAGGAAGUUGUUGCUGAAAUCAGGGAUGAAUUUGCAACUGCUUCUAGUUAUGGCAAGGAGGUUGCUAUGUUGCUUGAAGUGGGGAAGUUGCCUUAUCAGCCUAGGUCCAAUUUACUCAAUGUGAUAUUAUCCAGGAUUCUAUACAUGGUAGCACCCUCUUCGUCAUCCUCACGCCCUUCAUCCAGGAAAUCAGUGAGAUUUGCUUUUAGCACAAUGAAAUUGGCAAAAUCAUACUUUGGAGAUUCUGGGAAGAACCCUAAUAUGAAGCCUAGUAACCUUUCAUCUACUCUGGAGAAGCUCUAUGUUUGGGAGAAGAAACUAUACAAGGAAGUUAAGGAUGAAGAAAGGCUUAGAAUUAUCUAUGAAAAGCAGUGCAAGAGAUUGAAAAUUUUGGAUGACCAGGGAGCUGAGUCCAGUAAGAUUGAUGCUACUCAGGCUUCAAUAAGGAAGCUGCUGACAAAACUUGAUGUCUGCAUCAAAGCUGUGGAUGCCAUAUCAAACAGGAUACACAAGUUGAGGGAUGAGGAGUUGCAGCCACAAGUUACUGAAUUAAUUUAUGGAUUGAUAGGAAUGUGGAAGACAAUGCUCAAGUGCCACCAGAAGCAGUUCCAAGCUAUCAUGGCGAGUAAAACUCAAAGUUUGAGAGCAAACACUAGCUCUCGAAGAGACUCAAGCUUGAGGGCCACUGUUGAACUUGAAAUGCAGCUCCUUACUUGGUGCAGCCGUUUCAGUGAUUGGAUUAACACCCAGAGGUCCUUCAUUGAGUCCUUAAAUGGUUGGCUUUUGAGGUGCCUAAUUUAUGAAUCUGAGGAAACCCCUGACGGGAUUAUUCCAUUUUCCCCAGGCCGGAUCGGGGCUCCUCCAAUUUUUGUCAUUUGUCACGAUUGGUUCCAGGCCAUGGAAACUAUCACAGAAACAGGAGUAGCUAAUGCAAUGCGUAAUUUUGCUUCGGGGUUGCAUCAGUUAUGGGAGAAGCAAGACGAGGAGAAAAAGCAGAGGCUGAAAGCAGAGUAUCUGUCAAAAGAUUUUGAAAGACAGCUUAGAACCCUUCGCAUGGACAAGGGACGAAUGAAGCAUGAUCGAGACACAGUGUCAGACAAGACCGGCGUGUCACUAGUUCCUUCCGAAAGUGGAGUCUCAGCUCUGGAUGAUCUAAAAGUGGAUUUGGAUUCAAUGAGAAAGAGAUUGGAGGAAGAGUGGGGAAGGCACAAGGAGGCUGCCAAAUUAGUUGACAAUGUAGCUUCUAGUAGCUUACAAGCAGGUUUGGUUCCCAUCUUCGAGGCUUUGGGCAAUUUUACGUCAAACGCAGUGAAAGCUUACGAGCAUGUCAGAAUUCAAGAUCCUGGGCAAAAGCCCGAGCCUGAGGAAACAAUGGGUGGGGAAGGUGGCAAGUAGAUUGAGAAUUUUGUGCAGUAGAGAUGGUUUCCCCAGGCCUCUAGGCUCUUGCAAUGGAGUAAAGGCAGGUAAGAAUUUUGUACAGAAAUUCAUUUAUUUGUUGAUUAAUUAGUUGGUGGAUGAUUUUUCUUGAUUAGGGUGGGUGGGUUGGUUGGUUGGUGAUCUAAUGGGUGUACAGUACACAACUCCAAAAUUUUGAUAAUGGUCAAGAGAGCUCCUUGCUUGCUACUUUAUUCCCUGUAAAUGUUGUAUUUCUUUCAGGUUA